AUUAAAAUCAUCUGAUGCUGCACCUGUUGUAAAGUUCUGACAAAGCUAUAGAAUUUCACAGCAUUUUCUUUCAUUAUUGAUGGGCUGCUGCUUCUUUCUGCAGUUUCGGAAGUAACAGAAUCUUAAGCAUGGCACGAGACACCGGCACACAGCGGGAUACCGGCGAAACGCGACCAUGCCUCGUGGCACCGCCUAUCGACUGCCUCUUUCAAUUCAAAACAUGGCUUUUUAUAAAAGUUUUUACAAAAGUUUUACACAGUGUGCAACAACACGCCAAAGCAUUUUCUGUUAUCGGUGCACCUCCUGACAUUUCUCUGCCUUGCGCUUUACGCGCUGUCCUGCUCGUGUUUUCUUAUAAUCUUCUGUCUAUCCCUCUUACAGCCGUGUGCGUCGAGUAAUCCGCGUCGUCCAUAAUUUUCCCAGAGCUCCACUAAUGCCCCAAAGCUGCAGCUGCCACGCCGGCCGGCCGCGGAGCGCCGCACUCUGCCAGUUGCUACAUUGAUCAAUAAUUUACCAGCUCGACGCCUCCCCGACCCGUUACCCCGGGUCGACUGAGGCGACGACCGAUAUUUACUCGCAGUUAGAAGACAAAAAUAGCGGACUGGACAUUUUACUCUCUCGUGUGCUAGAAUGCAGCUUCAGUGAGCUUUCGCCAACAGGCGAGAUCCUUUUGGCAGGUCCCUGUGGUGCGUCUACGGAUUAGACUCUCGCAAUGUGCACUAGCAGUGUCGGUGAGUGACUGCGGCGGUAUUUGAGGACGCCUCUCGCUUUCAUCUGUCUGACACCGAGGAGGUGUGUUACGAGACCGACGGGGGUCCCGUAAUGGAGCUACGAGCUUGAGUCGGACAACUGCGGGAUGUAAAGAGGGUUAUGCAGUGGCCCGGGACAAGCAGGAAUUGACUUGAGGACAUAAAGACGAAAGAAAUCACUCACUGUCACGCUCGGCACUGUCUUCGUUUCGUGCACGCGGCUGCAGAAUUUUAAGCGCGCUCGUCGCUUCCCCGGUUGUUUUAGCGAGUCUUCCCCGUGCAGAGGCCGACGACAGCUGGAGAAUAUAUUCUAGUUUAGGUGUUUAUACCGAACUAUUCAAUUUAUACGAGCGUCAGCCGGAUAAUCCUUCAGUGGUUCCGUUCAGCGGCGCAGUAAGGUUUACUUUUACAAACUCUGGGAAACAGCCCUACUUGUUGAGUUCUUUUUUCGCUUCCGGUAUCUGCGAAGAAACCGACUGGUGCACCCGCUCCCUCUCUUCUUUUUUGGACGCCGAGGGUUUUAAAGAAAAAUGGGUCUUUGAGGAGAGCUGGCAAAUUCCCCUGAACUACAAUGGCCACAGAAUCAUAUCUGGUGCAUGACGGUCCCCACCGAGCCCCGGGCAUCUCCGAGUGCUUCCUAGUGCCUGAAUCCUACAGGGAUGAAUUCCAUCCCUUCAUCGAGGCUCUUCUCCCGCACGUGCGGGCGUUCUCCUACACCUGGUUCAACCUGCAGGCCCGUAAGCGCAAGUACUUUAAAAAGCACGAGAAGCGCAUGUCCAAGGACGAGGAGCGCGCCGUCAAAGACGAACUCCUGGGCGAGAAGCCCGAGAUCAAACAGAAGUGGGCGUCGCGGCUGCUGGCCAAACUGCGCAAGGACAUCCGUCCUGAGUUCCGCGAAGACUUCGUUCUCACCAUCACGGGGAAGAAGCCACCAUGCUGCGUGCUUUCCAACCCCGACCAGAAGGGCAAGAUUCGUCGCAUCGACUGCCUGCGGCAGGCGGACAAGGUCUGGCGUCUGGACCUGGUGAUGGUGAUCCUGUUCAAGGGAAGCCCGCUGGAGAGCACGGACGGAGAGAGACUGGUCAAAUCCCCGCAGUGCUCGAACCACACCCUGUGCGUGCAGCCGCACCACAUCGGAGUGGCCGUCAAAGAGCUGGACCUGUACCUGGCCUACUUCGUCCACAUGCCAGAAUCUGGGCAAUCAGACAAUUCCAGUCAACAAGGCGACUCGGACAUCAAACCACCGCCAAACGGACAUCUGAGUUUUCAAGACUGCUUUGUGACUUCAGGGGUUUGGAACGUAGCCGAGCUAGUACGAGUGUCUCAGACCCCAGUAGCAACAGCGUCAGGUCCCAAUUUCUCCCUCGCCGAUCUGGAAAGUCCUGGUUACUACAACAUCAACCAAGUAGCACUCGGCAGACGUUCACUCACCUCUCCACCAUCCACAAGGUCGGAGGUGGAGCUGUACGCCAGUCUUCCUCGGAGUUCUAACAAGCGCAAGUCUAUAGAUGACAGUGAAAUGGAAAGUCCUGUUGAUGACGUGUUCUACUCCAGUCGUUCUCCAGCCGGCACCAGCUCCCAGUCCAGUGGUUGGCCCAGUGACGUCGAUGCAGUUGCAGUUCAACACCAUUUGACGGGUGUUCAGGAGAGGAAGAUAAAACAUGAGAAUGAUAGCGUGCAGUUCCCAUACCAUGGAAGUCCUCGUGCCUCGGCCUCCGCCCUUCAUUUUCCUGCCCCCUCCAUCAUCCAGCAGUCCAGUCCAUAUUUCACCCACCCCACCAUCCGCUACCACCACCAUCAGGACCCGCUCAAAGAGUUCGUGCAGUUCGUCUGUGCCGACGGCUCGGGCCAGCCGGGGACACAGCCUAACGGGAGCGGUCAGAACAAACUGCCCGGCUCCUUCUUACUGCCACCUCCUCCGGUAGCACGGCCGGUGCCGAUGCCCCUCCCCCUGCCCGAGCACAAACCCUGCCACACACACCCUGACAGCGGAGUCGGCUCCCCGGCCUCGCCGUGCAUCAGAGCUAUGGAUGCUGACAGAUGUGUGUGUGUCCCAGCAGCAUACCCAGCGUCAGGCUCCACAGCUUCCAACAGGUUUGUCGGCAUCGGAGCACGGGACAACUUUCUGAACAUCCCACAGCAGACUCAGUCAUGGUUCCUUUGACGAGACUUUUCAUGAAACACAGACACAAAAUGUCCAAUGAAAACUGGAAAAGGAGUCACAAAGCUAAGUAUGGAAGUUUCUCACACGCCCCUCAGAAGUCUCACAAAAAACACACACACAUCAUUUUCUCCGCAAACCCCUGCACCUCCAUUCGGAUCUAGAAGACUUCAGCAUUACCUAGUCUGGAGAGCUCAGUACACCGACGACAGAUAAACCGAUGGAAGCCCCUUCAAAGGAAUGACAAACCGACUAUCACCGUCUUCACAAUGUGACUACCAGUGCAAUUUGUUCAUGCAUUCACCACCCCGUAUGCCGUGGUGAGAAAAGAUAGUCUCUUCCCUGUCAGAACAAAUUUGGAAAGAUGUUGCAUAAUUAACUGAAAUUAUUAAAAGGGACAUGAAAUUAACCUGGAUGUGUUCAUCGCGGACUCCACAUUGAUUGGCACCGACUAUGGGUCACACGUGUGAUUGGAUAGGCAGGACUCAACAGGACUCGUCUAAUUGGCUCAGCCCAUUUUCAGUAUGGAUUUGCUGACAUUGGCGAUGAUAUUGGCGAUGCCUUCCAGUGCAGCGUGGGCUCGAUAUCCUCUCCCUGUUGACCUGCUGACAAGCAAUGGACUGCAAGUAAAAUAACACUAAACGUGCAAUUUACCUAAACAUAUGCACUAUUGAUUUAAUCAAUAAUAAGGGAUAACAGAUUGGAAUGUGGAGUCGAAAUAGUUUUUCUGAGGUUAACCAGACUGGCUCAGACACACACACACCGAUAACAUGCAAGCACACUUCAAUUACAGCACACGUCAGAAUCAUAUUGAUACACAAAACAAACUCAUAUCACAUCUGCAUCACACAGAGAACUUCUGGUCUUAAGACAGUAUCAUUGAUAAACUAUGAUUUUCUUAUCCGUCUUGCUGUCUUGUUUUCUAGUUGAAACAUCCUGAGACAAGAUAAAGCUAUACUAAUAAAUUUAAGCAGCUGUUUAUCUGGAGUACAUUUUAUAAAACUAAAAUAACUAUUUUAAGCACAAUUUCUUUUUAAAACAAGAAAAGAAAUGCCAGUGGGGUAGAAUAAGAGACAUAAUUCAUGUCAUAUAUAUAUAUAUGUUGUUUUUUGUAAAACAAGA